UACAUAUUGUAGAUAUUUACACGAAUAUAUAGAUUAUAAUAAUACAUUGUUGAUAAAAUGCAGAAGUCGAUAACCUCAUUUUUUAAACCAAAGGAUGAAAGUCAAAGCUCCAAAUACGCGGAGGAUGCACGUAAGAAGGAAACUAAAAGUGCAAGCAUUGAGGAAAAGCCUAAAGUACCAAGUCCUGUGAAAACCAUAAAGGAGGAAGGAGAUGAAAAUGCGCUGCCGACGGUUGAUGCUGAGGAAAAGAUGGAGCUUGAGGCGCCGUCGCCUGUUAAGGUAAGGAAAAUGGAAUUGAACUCUGGGUUGCCUGAAGGCGAAGCAAGUGAAGCCUACGAUCCGUCGGUGGAAAACUAUCAUCCCGUUAAUGAUGCCUAUUGGAAAGCGCAGCGCACCACGCCCUACUUGGCCUUGGCCCGUACGUUUCAAGUUAUUGAGGAGACAAAAGGCCGACUGAAAAUGAUUGAUACAUUGAGUAAUUUCUUUUGCUCCGUAAUGCUGGUUAGUCCGGAGGACUUACUGCCGUGCGUUUACCUGAGUAUCAACCAGCUAGCGCCCGCGUACGAGGGACUCGAACUAGGCGUCGCCGAAACGACGCUUAUGAAAGCAAUCUGCAAGGCAACCGGACGCAAUUUGGCGCACAUCAAAUCGCAAACUCAAUUAACGGGUGAUCUGGGUAUUGUCGCUGAGCAAUCGCGCGUAUCGCAGCGCAUGAUGUUUCGUCCGAAGCCAUUAAAUGUGCGCGGCGUGUUCGCCAAACUGAAGGAGAUUGCCAACAUUUCGGGACAGGCGAAAAUAACCCUCGUCUACGAUGUGUUCGUGGCUUGCCGACAUGCCGAAGCGCGCUUCUUUAUACGUUCCCUAAUUGGCAAAUUACGCAUUGGCAUUGCCGAACAGAGCCUGCUCACGGCUCUAGCAAUAGCUCUCGUCAAACGGAACCACAUCAACGAUUGCAAGGCCCAUAAAGUUUGUGAUAUUUACAAAGAUGAAAUUGCGGAUACGACAUUGAUACUUAAAACCACAUAUAGUCAAUGUCCAAACUACGAUAUCGUCAUACCAGCAUUAUUGAAAUAUGAUAUUAAGGAACUGCAAGAUCGUUGCCCUAUGCAUCCCGGUAUGCCGCUUAGGCCUAUGCUCGCCCAGCCAACGAAAGGUGUUUCGGAAGUGCUGGAACGCUUCAGUGGCAUGCAAAUAACUUGUGAAUGGAAAUACGACGGUGAACGAGCCCAAAUCCAUUUGAAUAAAGAUGGCGAAAUUAGUAUUUUCUCACGAAAUUCGGAGAACAACACACCAAAGUAUCCAGAUCUGAUUGCUAGAAGCAAAUCAUUAGUGAAAGGCAACGUUGAAACAUAUAUACUUGAUAGCGAGAUUGUCGCCUGGGAUAUCGAACGCAAGCAAAUUCUUCCAUUUCAAAUUCUAACGACGCGCAAGCGCAAAAAUGUCGAUAUCGCUGACAUUAAAGUGCAAGUGUGCGUAUACAUUUUCGAUCUACUGUACUUUAAUGGAGUUUCGCUUGUGACAAAGCCACUGUCCGAGCGUCGCAAGAUUCUGAUGGAACACUUUCAAGAGGUCGAAGGCGAGUGGCAAUUUGCCACAGCCCUCGACACGACCGAUAUGGAUGAAGUGCAGCAAUUCCUAGAGGAAUCCAUUAAAGGCAACUGCGAGGGUCUCAUGGUCAAAACAUUGGACGAAGAGGCAACCUAUGAAAUAGCGAAACGAUCAAGAAAUUGGCUCAAAUUGAAGAAGGACUAUUUGUCAAAUGUUGGCGACUCAUUGGAUCUGGUUGUUAUCGGUGGUUAUAAGGGCAAAGGGCGACGCACGGGCAUCUACGGUGGCUUUCUGCUCGCUUGCUAUGAUACAGAGAAUGAAGAAUAUCAAAGCAUUUGCAAGAUCGGAACAGGCUUCACAGAUGAGGAUUUGCGACAACAUUCGGAGUUCCUUAGUGCGCAUGUGAUUAGCAGUGCCAAAUCAUACUUUAGAUAUGAUCCGAGCUUGGAGCCGGAUGCUUGGUUUGAGCCCGUUCAAGUUUGGGAGGUUAAGUGCGCUGAUCUGUCGCUAAGUCCGAUCCAUAGAGCCGCCAUAGGAGCUGUUGAUCCUGAACGCGGCAUUUCCCUGCGUUUUCCGCGAUUCAUUCGCAUUCGGGACGAUAAGAGCCCGGAAAAUGCCACCGAUGCGAAUCAAGUAUCUCUCAUGUACAACUCACAGGAUCAGGUUAAAAACAAUCAAAAGUCCAGCGAUCAAAUGGACAUGGAGAGUGAUUUUUAUUAAUAAAUGCGUAAAAGUAUUUGCAUAACUAGAAAUAACAAA